ACUGUGUGCUUAACCUUGCAAAGAGAGAGGCUGCGUGUGCUGCUGGAUCAGAGUCGGCAACAUGGCUCAGCGGCUCACGGAGGAACAACUUACAGAGUAUAAAGAGGCCUUCUCGCUCUUUGACAAAGAUGGCGACGGGACUAUCACCACCAAAGAGCUGGGCACUGUCAUGCGCUCCCUCGGGCACAACCCGACGGAGGCCGAGUUGCAGAGUAUGAUCAACGAGGUGGACACCAACGCCAGUGGCAUGGUUGACUUUGCCGAAUUUCUGUCCUUGAUGGCAAAGCAGAGCAAGGAUUCGGAGAGCGAGGAGGAGAUCCGAGAAGCCUUCCGGGUGUUUGACAAAGAAGGGAACGGUUACAUCAGUGCGGCGGAGCUGCGGCACGUCAUGACCAACCUUGGCGAGAAGCUAACGGAUGAAGAGGUGGACGAGAUGAUCAAGGAGGCCGACGUGGACAGAGAUGGGAGGGUGAACUAUGAAGAGUUUGUGCGGGUGAUGAUGGAGAUGUCAGAGCUGGGGACCGUCCUGCGCUCCCUCGAGCACGUGAUGAUCAACCUCAGGGAGAAGUUCACGGACGAGAGGAUGGAACAGAUGAUCAAGCACGCCGAUGAGGAUGGAGACGGGAAAAUCAGCUACGAGGAGUUUGAGAAGCUGAUGGUGGAGAAGUCAUUCCUACUUCCAGUAGUGAACUGGGAGUGGAUCAUCCCUGGGCAAAAUGCCAGAGGAGACACCCGUACUUCUUGGCAACUUCCAAAAAGGAAAGAGAUGCAUUUCUUCAUUGCACCAGAGAACACCAAGGCAGCCGCAGUGGAAUCGGAGAGGUCUCAACGCAAAGAGGAAGCCAUGGCUGAUCAUCUCUCAGAAGAGCAGAUUGCUGAAUACAAGGAAGCCUUCCUGCUCUUUGACAAAGAUGGUGAUGGCGCCAUCACCACCAAAGAACUAGGGACCGUCAUGAGGUCUCUUGGACAGAACCCAACGGAAGCUGAGCUACAGGAAAUGAUUGCGAAGCUGGAUGCUGAUGGCAGCGGAACGGUUGACUUCCCAGAAUUUCUAUCCUUGAUGGCAAGGAAAAUCCAGAACUGUGAUGGCGAGGAAGAAAUCCGGAGAGCCUUCCGGGUGUUUGACAAGGACGGGAACGGUUAUGUCAGCGCGGCAGAACUACGGCACAUCAUGACCAAGCUUGGUGAGAAGUUGACGGACGAAGAGGUGGAGGACAUGAUCAAGGAGGCUGACGUGGAUGGAGACGGGCAAGUGAACUAUGAAGAAUUCCUGCGGAUCAUGUCCCACAAGUGAAGGUCACACUUCUGCAUACCUGGUCUCCAGCUUUUUAGUGGGUGUGCCUUCUCCUCUGCAUGGCCUGGGUGAGGUGGGCUGGCUAAGCAGCUGAUCAAAUAUAAUAAGUGGUAGAGAAAACCAUUCAUUAGUCAGAUGAAAGACUCUGGAGUUCAAAUCCAGCUAUUACUUUGUUUUUCUCCCCCAGAGGGAUUUGUGGCAUCGUACCGUAUUCUUAAUUCCUAUAAACGCUACAAGAUGAUCUGGAGGAAGUUGGCAAGCCCUGUCUAGGGGCGGUGGAGAGAAGGUAGAUUGAGAUCUACUGGGGGAAUUGCAGAAGGUCAACGAGGGUUCCUGGCACCUGAUAGUUUAACAUUAGCAAGUACAAAAUAAAUUUUGCCAUAGGUGGCUUUGAACUAA